AGGGGCUGCAGGGGGUCUGGGAGAUGCUGGGAUUCUAAGCAUAGGUGACCUCAGGGGUCUUCUCUGGGUGGAGACUCCCCAUGGUUCCUCCUCUCAGAUACAGCUGAACACUACAUCAGUAACAGGGGGUAUGUGUGGUGCUUUACUAAGCCCCUUUCCUCGUAUGUGUUUGUAGCAGCAUUCCUCUGGGCAACCUUAAGGUCAAAUGUUAUCAUCCCCAUUUUACAGAGGAGGAAACUUGAGUCUUGGAGAACUUAAGUCAUUUGUCCCAGGUCUCCCAGCUCCUGAGUGGCAUCAGAGAGACUCAAACCCAGCAGGAGAGACUUUCAUUUCACUUCCAUCUGGGAAAAUGUAUCCAGCCGCCUGCUCGUCCCUGGCCAGCUCCAGCCAGGGGAAGGGAAACUAGACUCCCACCCGAGGGGAUCUUCUGUCAGUCUGGGAAGACAGAGCCCUCGCAGCGCCCGGGGCCAUCUGACCCAGCCCUCUCCUGCCUUCCCAGGCCCUGAGAAACCUCCAGGCCUCUCCCAUGGACCUGUGAUCGAGGUGGGCGGCCCUCUCAGCAGCCCGGGCAGCAGUCUCCGGCCGGCGGCAUGUGGCUGCGGCGCGUCUCCAGCACGGCGGUAACCGCGCUCCUGCUGGCGCAGACCGGUCUCCUGCUCUUCCUGGUCUCCCGGCCCAGGCUGCCGCCUGCGGCGAGCAGCGAGGAGCGGGUGCACGUGCUGGUGCUGUCCUCGUGGCGCUCGGGCUCGUCCUUCGUGGGCCAGCUCUUCAGCCAGCACCCCGACGUCUUCUACCUGAUGGAGCCCGCGUGGCACGUGUGGGCCGCCCUGUCGCAGGGCAGCGCCUUGGCGCUGCACAUGGCGGUGCGUGACCUGGUGCGCUCGGUCUUCCUGUGCGACAUGGAUGUGUUUGACGCUUACCUGCCAUGGAGGCGCAACCUGUCGGACCUCUUCCAGUGGGCGGAGAGCCGGGCUCUGUGUUCGCCGCCCGCCUGCAGCGCCUUCCCGCGCGGCGCCAUCAGCAGCGAGGCGGUGUGCAAGCCGCUGUGCGCGCGGCGGCCCUUCAGCCUCGCACAGGAGGCCUGCCGCUCCUACAGCCACGUGGUGCUCAAGGAGGUGCGUUUCUUCAACCUGCAGGUGCUCUACCCGCUGCUCAGCGACCCAGCGCUCCACCUGCGCAUCGUGCACCUGGUGCGCGACCCGCGCGCCGUGCUGCGCUCGCGCGAGCAGACGGCCAAGGCACUUGCGCGCGACAACGGCAUCGUGCUGGGCACCAACGGCAAGUGGGUGGAGGCUGACCCAGACCUGCGCGUGGUGCGCGAGGUGUGCCGCAGCCAUGUGCGCAUCGCCGAGGCUGCCACACACAAGCCGCCGCCCGCCCUGCGCGGCCGCUACCGCCUGGUGCGCUUCGAGGAUCUGGCGCGGGCGCCGCUGCAGGAGAUCCGAGAGCUGUACGCCUUCACGGGCCUGAGCCUCACGCCGCAGCUCGAGGCCUGGAUCCACAACAUCACCCACGGUGCCGGGCCCGGCGCACGCCGCGAGGCCUUCAAGACCACGUCAAGGGACGCGCUCAACGUCUCACAGGCUUGGCGCCACGCCCUGCCCUUCGCCAAGAUCCGCCGCGUGCAGGAGCUGUGUGCCGGCGCGCUGCAGCUGCUGGGCUACCGGCCAGUGUUCUCCGAGGACGAGCAGCGCGACCUCAGCCUGGACCUGGUGCUGCCGCGCGGCCCGAGCAGCUUCAGCUGGGCCUCGUCCACUGCUGAGCGCCCCGGGCCGUAGCGGAGGGCCCCAGCUGCGGCUGGCGGUCACCGGGGCCAGGAGACCCACGCGUGGUGCCGAAGGGGCUGGGCACGCAGUGGCCCAGAGUUUGGGAGGUCCCGCCUGUAGCAGGCCAGGACCGAGUUCCCAAACUAGUUUCUUUCUGCCCCCUUCUUUCUUUCCAGUCCUCUUUAGGAGCUGAAUGAUUUCCCCUGGUAGCUCAGCAGUAAAGGAUCUGCCCGCAGUGCAGGAGACCCAGGUUCGAUCCCUCCCUAGGUGGGGAAGAUUCCCCUGGAGGAGGACAUGGCACUCCGCUCCACUGUUCUUGCCUGGAGAAUCCUAUGGACAGAGGAGCCGUUCGGGCAAAGAGUCAGAAGUGGCUGAAGUAAUUAAGCAACAGCACGUAGGAGCUGAAUUCCGGACAGGAACACUCUUCAUAGAAAGCAGACUGGUUCCCCCACUUCUGAGCACGGGGAAUAAGUUCAGACGACUUAGCUCCUUCUCCAGCACUUUCUUUCCCUCUCAGUCUCCCUCAGGAUGUCUCAUCCUGCAGCUGAGAAGGCUGGCCCAGCCCUACCUGGGGCUGGAGGUGUACUGUGGCCAGCUGGCCCCUGAAGUCAGUACAUCUCCCCCUCCACGGCACCCCCCCAGACUCUGUUCCCCCAAAUCCUCUGGCACCACGUGCCACCAAAGCCAAUGCUUUUAUAUUCAUCUGUGUCUUCAGCAAGAAAUCAGCCAAGCCUCUAUCUUGGGGUCUCCCCUUAGUCUCUCUCUGACCCAAUCUCCCAGGAGACCAUAUGACCCCAUCACCUGCCUAAGUAAGGUGAACCUUUGAUUUGUCCUGAUGGGAAAGCUCCUACUCACAGAAAUAAACAUAUUUAACCUGUAUGAUA